AUGAAUUCCCCUCUAUUGUAUUCAAGGUCAAUUUCUGGAUAUGAUGUGUUAUCUUGGGCAUUUGAUGAUUACUCUACUUCAACCUCAAACCCGAACCCAAACCACCAACUCGACGACGUCUUUACAAUCCAUAUAUGCUACAAUGAUAGCCGCAUCCCUAACGGAGAAAAAAUUGUUACACAUGUGUUAGAUAGAACUACUGAUUUCGAAGAUGAGCUUACGGAAUGGGAAGUUAAGGAGUGGCUUGGAGAACUUUACGAGGAUGAAUAUUCUGAUGAAUGUGUCUAUGAAGCAAUUGAACAAAGUUGUCAGAAACUUCUAGAAGAUGUUGAAGCUAAAACGCGUACUUCUCUUGCAUUGAUUGUCAAGAUAGCCAAGUUGGCUGAGACUAUGGAUAUGGAUAUCGAGGAAGUUGGUAAUAAUAAUAAUAAUGAUUUCGAGGAAGAUAUGAAUGAGGAUUAUGAUAUCGAUGAAGAGCUUAAGAUGGAAGUGAAGAGUUUCCUACGGAAAAGGGAGUUCCUAAGGCCUAUGAAUAAAGAAGGGUUUUCAUCAAGUAAAGAAUCAAGGGGUUGUUCGAUUUGCUUGGAGGAGUUUGAUAAGUCGGAUGAUGAUUGUGAACAAGAAGGCGCGUUUCUUCCUUGUUCUCAUGUUUUUCAUGGGGAGUGUGUUGUUUCUUGGAUUCUUGAGGGGAAGAAUACUUGUCCAUUGUGCCGAUUUAAGUUUAUGCCUUGUUAUUUGGUCUUCGAUGAAAAUUAA